AUGGCGCCCCGCCCCAUCUUCGCCGCGACGCACCCACGUGCAUGCUCUACGGCCUUCGAAAGGGUCUUCAUGACUCGGCGCGACAUCAUGGAGAGUGUGCACGAACCAUUUGGGGAUGCCUUCUACUACGGCCCCGAGUUUCUGAGCGACCGCUUCAGAGACGACGCCGACCAGCGCGAACGCAGUGGCUUCGCCGACAAGACGUACAAGGACAUCUUCGACCAAGUCAUGGAUGCCGGAAAAGAGGGAAAGAGAAUCUUCAUCAAGGAUAUGGCCUACUACCUCAUGACCCCGGAUGGCAAGCCUACCAAGGUUGCGCCGUCCCUGGGCGAGGAGGAGUCCGGCAACCCAACUGUGGUGCCGCUAGAGAUCCUGAAGCAAUUCCAGUUCACAUUCCUCAUCCGCCACCCCCGCAGGUCCAUCCCCUCGUACUACCGCUGCACUGUGCCGCCUCUGGACGAGGUCACUGGCUUCUACAACUUCAUGCCAAAUGAGGCUGGCUACGAGGAGCUGGUGCGUCUCUUUGACUAUCUGCUCAAGGAGGGCGUCGUUGACAAGGACAACCUUGUCGUCGUCGACGCCGAUGACCUGCUGGACAACCCCGAGAAGACCAUCCGUCUCUACUGCGAGAAGACGGGCAUUGACUUUAAGCCCGAGAUGCUCGAGUGGAACGACCAGGACAGCAAGUUUGCCAGCGACGCCUUUGAGAAGUGGAAUGGCUUCCACAACGAUGCCAUCAAGAGCUCGGCUCUCAGGCCGCGCACUCAUGCCCAGAAGACAUCCACUACCGAAUCGGAAAAUAAGGAGUGGACCGCCAAGUAUGGGGUCGAGGCGCAAAAGGUUAUCCGCAAGACGGUUGAAGACAACGUCGCGUACUACGAGUACCUGAAGCAGUAUGCUCUGCCUGUUUAA